UUGCAGAGAAAAUAUUCUGUAUGUGUUAAAAUGCCAGAAGAGGAAAUCUCUGGUGAGAUGAGUGAGGGUAGAAUCGAGAUGGAAGUGCAGCUGGAAGACAAUUCAAAGGAGAAGUCAUUUUUAUUUGACACAGAGGAGAGCACCAUACAAAUGAUUGGGAUCCUCCUUGGAUGUACUCCACCCGACUUCAACUUGAAUCAAACCAUUCAUGUCUUUUCCAGUGGUAAAACUAAAGCCAAGAAAAUCAGUUCCUCAUCAAUAUCAACCCCUCCAGUUCAGUCACCUCAGCCUCCCUCUGCCUCCUUGAGUGGAUCAGAGAGUAAUGAGGGUGAUCAAUCUAGCUUGGGAGCAAGUGCAAGUGUCUACUGCCGAGUCUUCCAUAAGCAGCUUGGUGGUUGGUUUGAGGCUCAAAUCAUCAGCCAUAAUGAACAGCGCCUUGUCUCCACAGUGGAAAUUUUAGGCUUUGGUACGAAGCUGAUUGUGCCUAGUAAAGGAAUGUUAAGAUCUGGAGGAGAGAAAGCUCGACAGAAACAAAUUGAUGAAGCCACAAAGGCAAGGGAAGGCUGUGAUAUGGAGUAUGAUGAGGAGAUGGAGGAAGAUGAUGAUGGAGAACCUCGAGAAUUUCCCUCCUUUUGCAAGACCUGUCAUAGUCAAGAAGAAUCACCUCCUUCUGCAGAUCAUGGUGAAGUGAAGGGUUCAGGAGAUAAUGGCACAGUGUUUCAACCAUGUAUCUAUCCUCCUUUACCAGUCUUUGAUGGGGCUGUCAAUCUGUCAUCUGUGGAUGAGUCAUUGCUGGAGGAAGUAUGGGAUGAUACAGAAUUGAUUCGCCAGUAUGAUGAGUCAAUGAAGCCACUCAAGCGAAGAGUUGAGAGGGAAGUGAACAAGAAGUUGUCUCAAGGUCUCAUCUCCAUCCAUAUGGAUCCUCUUCAACAUGGAGAAAUGGAGGAUGCACCAGAAUUAGAUAUGAGGGCCCCUGAAUCUCUUCUUUCUAAGGGCUAUAAGAUGAAAGCCUCCAAAGCCCAGUCUAAGGGAGGCCCAGUUUCCCAAGAUUUUCAAAUACAAGCCACAAAGUGGCAUAUAGGUGAUCAUGUGUGUGCAUUAUGGGAUGAUGGGGAAUGGUAUGAAGCUGUGAUUGUUUCCAUUAACCUGGAGCAGCGUACAGCAGUUGUCCGAUAUAUUGGUUAUAAUGAUGAAGACACAGUAGCAUUACGAGGACUUCGGAAAAGCAUGGGAGAGGAGCAUCAAAUUGCACAAGCCAGACAAGUAUGCAAAGAAAGAGGUGUUGAGUUUUCAGAGGAGGAGCAUGACAUUGAAGGUGAAUUCAGGUUGAAGAAGACAAAGAAGCCUAAGAAUUAUUUGCCCAAGGAAGUCCACCUUCCAAAUCUUCCACCUUUCCCAACUGGCUAUCCCCCACCUCCAUUACCUGGAGAUCCUCUGCGAGAUUUGAGUUCAAAGACCCCGAGUAAAAAAGCUGCCCUGCAUUCCAUGCUCAUGGCAUGGUACAUGAGUGGCUACCACACUGGAUUCUACCAUGGUGUGAUGGCAGAGAAGAGGAAGGACAAGAAGAAUGUGAAAGGAAGGACUUCAUGUGUCACAGAAGAUGCCUCUUAAAGAUCCCCUGUAUUUCUGUGUGGUGGUUAUGUUAUACCAAUGCCAUUUCUUGAAUAAUCUCUGUUUGCAUUUUAUAUAGUAUGGGUAUCUUUUCUCAGAUGCUUGGAGGUUAUGCAAGGAAUAACUUUGCAUUUAUUCCAUCCCUUGC